CUCGCCGUUCCUGCUCGCGACAAUGCUCAGAAAGCAACUACGAAAGGCCGUUGUUGGCGCGCAGAGGUCUUUCUCCAGCUCUGCGCCUGCUCGCAAGGUCGUCGCGACCAACCCGGUGAAAGCGCAGGAAGUACAAUCAUGGGAUUCAGGAAAAUAUCCUCUCAUUGAACAUGAAUACGAUGCUAUCGUUGUCGGUGCCGGAGGUGCAGGUCUGCGAGCAGCAUUCGGUCUCGCGGAGGCCGGCUUCAAUACCGCUUGUAUCACCAAACUCUUCCCCACGCGGUCUCAUACCGUCGCUGCCCAGGGUGGUAUUAAUGCGGCUCUCGGAAACAUGACUGAGGACGACUGGAGGUGGCACAUGUACGAUACUGUCAAAGGGUCAGACUGGUUGGGUGACCAGGAUGCCAUCCACUAUAUGUGUCGUGAAGCUCCUAGCACUGUUAUCGAGCUUGAGCACUUCGGUGUACCAUUCUCGCGAACGAAGGAAGGCAAAAUCUACCAACGGGCCUUCGGUGGUCAAUCGUUGAAGUUCGGCAAAGGUGGCCAGGCGUACCGUUGCGCUGCCGCUGCUGACCGUACCGGUCACGCUCUUCUCCACACUCUGUACGGCCAGUCCCUCCGUCACAACACCAACUUCUUCAUCGAAUACUUCGCCCUUGACCUGAUCAUGCAAGAUGGCGAGUGUGUCGGUGUCAUUGCCCUGAACAUGGAGGAUGGCACCCUCCACCGCUUCCGUGCGCACAAGACGGUUUUAGCGACUGGUGGUUACGGACGUACCUACUUCAGCUGCACGAGUGCACACACAUGUUCUGGUGAUGGUAACGCUAUGGUUGCUCGUGCUGGCCUUCCUCUGCAAGAUCUUGAGUUCGUACAGUUCCACCCAACCGGUAUCUAUGGUGCUGGCUGUCUCAUUACCGAAGGUUCUCGUGGGGAAGGAGGCUAUCUUCUCAACUCUGAGGGUGAACGUUUCAUGGAGCGUUACGCCCCCACCGCGAAGGAUCUUGCUUCUCGUGAUGUCGUCUCCCGUAGUAUGACAAUUGAGAUCCGCGAAGGUCGUGGUAUUGGUCCGGAGAAGGACCACCUCUACCUGCAACUCAGCCAUCUACCGCCAGAGAUUCUCCACGAGCGGCUCCCUGGUAUCUCUGAGACGGCUGCCAUCUUCUCCGGUGUUGAUGUCACCAAGGAGCCCAUUCCCGUUCUGCCGACUGUGCACUACAACAUGGGUGGUAUUCCUACCCGCUACACUGGUGAAGUCGUCACCACUGACGAGAACGGCAAAGACAAAGUCGUUCCCGGUCUUUACGCCGCUGGUGAGGCUGCAUGUGUAUCUGUCCACGGUGCGAACCGCCUCGGCGCCAACUCGCUCCUCGACAUCGUCGUCUUCGGUCGUGCUUGCGCUCACCACAUCAAGGAAACCUUGACUCCUGGCAAACCCCACAAGAAGAUCUCCGACGAGGCUGGUCUCCAAAGCGUCGAGUACCUCGAUAAGAUCAGGAACGCCGAUGGCCCUAAUCCUACUGCUAAGAUCCGUCUUGACAUGCAGAAGGCUAUGCAGGCUGAUGCUGCUGUCUUCCGUACUCAGGAGUCCUUGGACGAGGGUGUUCAAAAGAUCGGCCAGAUCUACAAGAGUUACGACCAAGUUGGCAUCAAGGACAGGAGCAUGAUCUGGAACUCCGACCUUGUUGAGACUCUUGAGCUCCGCAACCUCCUUCAGUGCGCCGUUCAGACUAUCACUGCCGCUGCCGCCCGCAAGGAGUCCCGUGGUGCCCACGCCCGUGAGGACUUCCCUGAGCGUGACGACGAGAACUGGAUGAAGCAUACGCUCACCUGGCAGCACGACCCCUCGACACCCGACGUCGACAUCAAGUACCGUGGCGUUAUCGACAAAACGCUCGACGAGAACGAGUGCAAGGCUGUUCCGCCGUUCAAGCGUGUCUACUAAACAUGUUGGGUACACCCUGUUGCAUUAUUUGCUCUUCUCUUCUCUUCUCAUCUUGGCACCACGGCGUACCACUGCGAUAUCCGUGCGAGGUGGUGUUGAAUACAGCGGAUCCUGUGCAUAACUCGUUGCUCAGGACAAAAUGUAAUGGAAAGUUGUCACCGC